AUGUUCUUUGCUGCUGCUGCGGCCUUUACCUUCUCAGCCGCCGCCUUCCUCCGCUUCCCCUUCCGGUCUGUUGCAGCCUCCGCAUCGUCUUCCGCCUCUGCCUCUGCAGCCGCAUCCUCAUCACUAUCCACCACAGCGCCCGACGAGCGGCGCUUCCGCAUCCGCCCCUGCGCCGCCUGCGGCGGCGGGGACGACUCCGGCGGGCGCAUGGUGUCGUCGAACACUGCGUUAGCGCUGGUAGUGUUGGCGGGCAGGCGCACGGAAUGCCUCUGCUCUCCCACCGCCGCCCUGCUGCUCAUCGCCCUCCUCGAGCUCCACGGGUGCAAACCCGCUCUUGCGGCCACGCUUAGGCGUUGGCGAAGCGCGGGGGUCGCGAUUCUCGCCCCUCCUGGCCAGAGCGGGCCGAUCGGAGCCGAGGAGAGUGGCUGCAGCUCGCGCAGGCGUGGGCGCUGCGCGGACGUGGGGCGCGAGGGGGGCGGCGGGGAGUAG